AUGCUUGUGGUUGGCCGCCUUAUCAACGGAUUUGGCGGUGGUUUGCUCACAGCCAUCUUCCCUGUCUACGCAUCAGAAGUAGCUCCUCCAAGCAUUCGAGGAGCUUUUGGGGGACUUCAAAUGGUCAUGAUUGAAACUGCUAUCUUUGUUGCCACUGCGACCGGAUAUGCGUUUGGCAUACAUUACUCCAAUGACGCCCAGUGGCGCGGUCCACUAGCUGUUCAAGCCCUUCCACUCCAACUUUUAAUUCCCGUCACGUUCUUUCUUCCAGAGACCCCUCGUUGGCUCGUUCGGAAGGGAAAAGAGGAACAGGCGCUCCGUGUUUUGGGUCGUCUAUAUAACAGCGACAUCACCGACCAUGUCAUUCGCAUAGAAUUCGGCGAGAUCAAGCGUCACAUUGAGGCUGAAGAAAUUGCAUAUAAUCCCAGCUGGAAAGAAAUUGCCACGCGUCCAAGCUGGCGGCGGCGAGCUGUACUUUCGAUGGCAUUGCAAUUCUUUCCCAAGUUACAGGUAUCAAUUGUGUUCAAUACUAUGCUGUCCGUUCUAUCGGCGGUCUACCAGGGAAAAGCCCACCCCAACGCAAAUGCUUUAAGGGCAGAGGUUGCAAUGUUUUUCCUCUUCCAGCUAGCUUUCGUGGCUGUUGGAAUGCUGGCGUGGUUGAUCCCCCCGGAAAUGUGUCCCAUGGCAAUCAGGGCCAAGGUUAACUCAGUUUCAGUAUCAGUCAACAACAUCUCUGGCCUUAUCGUUGCUCAAGUUGGCCCUAUUGGACUUGGAGGAAUAGGUUUCAAGUUCUUCUACGUUUUCGUAGCGUUGAACAUCGUCGGGGUUGUGUUCUACCUGUUGUUCAUUCCAGAGACAUCUGGCCUUACUCUCGAAGAAAUGGAUGUGCAGUUCGGAGAUCAAAUUGUCGACUUCGAUGAAGAGGACAGAAAGGGAACCCCCAUAUGCAGCGCGCAACAUCAGGAAUCUGCCUAG